UGCAACCUUUUCAGUGUUUACUAACUAAAAAUCUAUUAAAACAAGGUUGUUUUUUAUGAAACGUUUAAUGUUUAAUUGAUAUUUUUUGAGAAAUGGACAUCGGAGAGCUACUUUCCUUCAAGCCUUUGAACACCCCAAAACGUCACCAGCCAGGUGACUUGGACGAUGAAGAAGAGAACGAAUUUGAUCACAAGCAGAAAAAGAUGAGAAAGUUAGCUAAGAUACGAGCAGCUGAGAUUGAAAAAAUGGAAAAUGAGAGGAGAGAAAAACAGGAAAAGGAAAGGUUAAAAAAAGAAGAGAAGCAGGAUGCAAUAUUGAAACUGGUCGAAAAUAGCGAACCGACAGAGAAUGAUGUUCUUGAUGAAGCAACUUUGAAAAAGAUGCUGCUCUUAUUUGAAAAGAGGGCUUUAAAGAAUCAAGAGAUGAGAAUAAAGUUUCCCGAUACACCAGAAAGGUUUAUGGAGUCAGAGGUCGAGUUACACGAAGCGAUUCAAGAACUGCAUGCCAUUGCAACGGUUCCUGAUUUAUAUCCAGUAAUGGUUGAGCUUAAUGCAAUAUCAUCCUUGCUUGAACUUUUAUCACAUGAAAACACUGACAUCUCUGUUGCUGUUGUCAACUUGCUCCAGGAACUAAGUGAUGUCGAUAUCCUGAACGAAAGCGCAGAGGGUGCAGAUGCACUUGUGGAAGAACUCUUGAAACACCAGAUCACCUCUCUUCUUCUUCACAAUCUCCAAAGGCUUGAUGAAAACGUUAAAGAAGAAGCUGAUGGUGUCCACAAUACUUUAGCGAUUAUUGAAAAUUUGCUGGAACUCAGACCUCAGCUUGUCACUGAAAUAGGCAAGCAGGGUUUAAUGCAGUGGCUUUUGAAGAGACUCAAGGCAAAGCUCCCUGCUGAACAGAACAAGCUCUACGCCACGGAGAUACUAUCAAUUUUACUGCAAAACAAUAACGACAACAAAAUCCUUUUAGGAGAAUUGGGCGGGAUCGAUAUUCUGCUCCAACAACUUGCUCAAUUCAAAAGGCAUGACCCGAAUUCAGCUGAAGAAUGUGAAAUAAUGGAAAACCUUUUUGAUGCCCUUUGCUGCAGCCUUAUGAUAACAGCAAAUAAAGAUUUCUUCUUGAAAGGAGAAGGACUACAACUUAUGAAUUUAAUGUUGAGAGAGAAGAAGAUGAGCAGGAACGGCUCAUUAAAAGUUGUAAAUUAUGCAUUAGUAGGACAAGACGGGAAAGAGAACUGUAAUAAAUUUGUAGACAUAUUAGGUUUAAGAACCAUAUUCCCUCUAUUCAUGAAGACUCCUAGGAAGAACAGAAAAAAGAUUUUAACAGCCGAAGAGCACGAAGAGCAUGUUGUCUCUAUCAUAUCGUCCAUGCUCAGGAACUGCAGAGGACCCCAAAGGAGCCGGCUAUUGAGUAAAUUUAGCGAAAACGACCAUGAAAAGGUGGACAGGUUGCUCGAAUUACACUUCAAAUACAUGGAGAAGGUCGAUGCUAUUGAUAAUGAAAUUGAACAACUUGCAGCUAAAGAAGAGGACCUUAAUGAAGACGAGAUGUAUUUAAAACGUCUCGAAGGUGGGCUUUUUACUUUACAAUUGAUCGAUUACAUCAUGUUAGAAAUUUGCUCUGGCGGUCCACCGAGUGUAAAACAGAGAGUUACACUUAUACUUAAUCAGAGAGGGGCGUCUUUAAAAACUAUUAGGCAUAUCAUGAGAGAAUAUGCCGGCAACUUGGGCGAUGAAGGCGAUUCAGAUUGGAAGGAACAGGAACAACAGCACAUCCUGCAGCUUGUGGACAGAUUUUAAAAACCCACUUUACUUGAAAAGUAGAAACCUACUCAAAAUGCAACAAUCUGUUCCCUGUUUUAACAGAAUUGCAAAGGAAAUAGUUGAAUAAAUUAAUUUUUUUUUCA